CGAGAUCCUUUGCAAAGUUUCCACAACAACAGGGUCCACGCGGGAACAUUAUUGUACCCAAAACACAACAGAAUAUCAAACAGAGAUUUUGAUUCCCCUCCAUUAUUGUUUUUUCUUGAACCGUUCUUCUCUCUGUGCUAUUACUGUAACAAUCUCUUCGACAUCUCAUCUCAUUAUACCAUUCUCUGUUCCCAGUAAUUUUUUUAAAAAACCAUAUACUCUUCUCUUGCCUGUGCUUUCUGCUCUUUUUUUUCUGAAUACUGCUCAAGCAAAGCAGCUCUUGCAGGACAUCUUGAAUCCAGGAAAAAAUGGUUCGAUCAAAUGAUCCAUUUUGGAAUGAUGUUGAAGAUAUGAAUGAUGGAAGCAUGAAAUGUAAGUUUUGUGGGCAUCCAUUUGCCAAAGAUACUUCCAUUUCGAGGAUCAAAUGGCAUUUGUCAGGAGUGAAAAGCCGUGGUGUUAAAAUUUGUAAACAUGUUCCAGAAGAAGUUCAAGAUGCAGCCCGUGCAGCAAUUGAUGGCCCUCCAGAAAAAAAACGUAAGACUGCAGCAGGCUCAAGCAAUAACGAGGUCAUUAAUCCAAUUUCAGCUUCAGCGCAAGAACAGAACAAUGAAGUGAUGGCACAACAAGGAGAUGCUCUUUCCCAUGAAGCGCUCGAAGAUUGGAUAGCUAGCUUCACUGUUGAAGAGAUUGAACUUCUGGAGAGAGGUGGCUUUCCUGAUCGGACAUCAAUUAAUCAAGCUGCUGAGCCUGGAGGAGAUUCAUCCCAGCCAUCAGAUCCAUUGUGUCUUGACCAUGGAAGAUAUUAUGAUCACCUCUGUGCUCCAUCAAUACACAAUGAUGUAAUUAUGGAUGAUGUGGAGAACAUGGUUAGAUUGAGGACAGAACCAGUGGAGGAGGACGCGGAGAACACUCAUGGAAGAUUAGUGCAGCCUGGCGCUGGAGCUAGCUCUUCUGGAGGGGUUGCACGCAACACAAAUGAGAUUAAAGGAGAUGCACUACCAACGAGAAAAAUGGUGGGUCAAGCAUUCAAGGACCACAAGGAGUCUGUCCAGUCUUUGUUGGAGCACGAUGAAGUUUCAAGCAUUGGCAUCUAUGGGAUGGGCGGAGUGGGUAAGACCACAUUGGUGACACAUAUACAUAAUCAGCUUCUAGAAAGAGCAGACACUGAUGUUUACUGGAUUACUGUUUCACAAGAUACCAGCAUUAAUAAAUUGCAGACAAGUCUCGCAAGACGAAUUGGUUUAGAUCUUUCCAGUGAAGAUGAGGAGCUGCAUAGAGCGGUUGCGUUGAAAAAAGAAUUAAUGAAGAAACAGAAAUGGGUUCUGAUUUUUGAUGAUUUGUGGAAGGCUUUUGACCUCCAAAAGCUGGGAGUUCCUGACCAAAUUGAGGGAUGCAAGCUGAUUCUUACAACUCGAUCAGUCAAGGUUUGUCAACAGAUGAAAACCCAACACACGAUAAAAGUGCAGCCUAUUUCGGAGAAAGAAGCUUGGACUUUGUUUAUUGAGAGACUUGGACAUGACAUAGCAUUUUCUUCAGAAGUGGAAGGAAUUGCUUUGAAUGUUGUAAGGGAAUGUGCUGGUUUGCCAUUGGGAAUUAUUACAAUAGCAGGAAGCAUGAGAGGAGUGGAUGAGCCACAUGAGUGGAGGAAUACAUUGAAGAAAUUGAAAGAAUCAAAAUAUAAGGAAAUGGAAGAUGAGGUAUUCCGAUUAUUGAGGUUUAGUUAUGAUCAGCUAAAUGAUUUAGCAUUACAACAAUGUCUCUUGUACUGUGCAUUGUAUCCUGAAGAUCAUAGGAUUGAAAGGGAGGAGUUGAUAGGUUAUUUGAUCGACGAGGAAAUAAUUGAAGGAAUGAGUAGCAGGCAAGCAGCAUUUGACGAGGGCCACACGAUGCUUGAUAAACUUGAAAAAGUCUGUUUACUGGAAAGUUGUUUUAAUUAUUGUCAUCGUAAAUGUGUCAAGAUGCAUGACUUGAUUAGGGAUAUGGCCCACCAAAUACUCCAAACGAACUCUCCAGUCAUGGUUGGGGAUUUUGUUGGAGGAUUACCAGAUGUGGAUAUGUGGAAAGAGAAUCUAGCGAGAGUCUAUCUGAAGGGUCGUUAUUUGGAGGAAAUUCCUUCUAGUCACUCACCAAGAUGCCCCAAUCUUUCAACUCUAUUGCUAUGUGAUAAUGAAAGGUUGCAAUUUAUUGCUGAUUCUUUUUUCACACAUUUGCAUGGGCUCAAGGUUCUUGAUCUGUCUCGUACUCGCAUCAUGGAAUUGCCUGAUUCUGUCUCUGAACUGGCGAGUCUCACUGCAUUAUUGCUCGAAAAAUGUAAGAAUUUAAGGCAUGUACCAUCAUUAGAAAAGCUCAGAGCACUGAAGAGGCUAGAUCUCUCUGGUACUACGGCACUUGAAGAGAUACCUCAAGGCAUGCAAUGUCUAUCCAACCUGAGGUAUUUGAGGAUGAAUGGAUGUGGUGAAAAGGAGUUUCCUAGUGGGAUAUUACCUAAACUUUCUCACCUGCAAGUAUUCAUAUUAGAGCAGUGGAUUAAUUAUGAUGUUUCCUAUUUGAUAGAGCAUUCAAUUGAAUUGGAGGUCAUCCACAUUGCAGAUUGCGAUAGCAUGGAGAGCGUGAUUUCAUCUUCUUGGUUCUGCCCUUCUCCAACACCAUCGCCAUCUUAUAAUGGUGUAUUUUCUGGUCUUAAAGUGUUCAGUUGCUAUGGAUGUACUAGUAUGAAGAAGUUGUUCCCUCUUGCCUUGCUGCCAAACCUCGUAAACCUAGAAAAGAUUAAAGUUCGAGGAUGUGAGAAAAUGGAGGAGAUAAUAGGUGGAAGAAGAUCAGAUGAAGAAAGCAGCAGCACCGAAUUCAAACUCCCAAAGUUAAGAUCUCUGGCAUUGUUUAAUUUACCAGAACUGAAAAACAUUUGUAGUGCAAAGCUGACGUGCGAUUCUCUCCAAAAAAUUGAAGUAUGGAAUUGCAACAGCAUGGAGAUCUUGGUUCCAUCUUCUUGGAUUUCCCUCGUAAACCUAGAAAAGAUUACAGUUAGAGGAUGUGAGAAAAUGGAGGAGAUAAUAGGUGGAAGAAGAUCAGAUGAAGAAAGCAGCAGCACCGAAUUCAAACUCCCAAAGUUAAGAUCUCUGGCAUUGUUUAAUUUACCAGAACUGAAAAGCAUUUGUAGUGCAAAGCUGACUUGCGAUUCUCUCCAACAAAUUGAAGUAUGGAAUUGCAACAGCAUGGAGAUCUUGGUUCCAUCUUCUUGGAUUUCCCUCGUAAACCUAGAAAAGAUUACAGUUAGAGGAUGUGAGAAAAUGGAGGAGAUAAUAGGUGGAAGAAGAUCAGAUGAAGAAAGCAGCAGCACCGAAUUCAAACUCCCAAAGUUAAGAUCUCUGGCAUUGUUUAAUUUACCAGAACUGAAAAGCAUUUGUAGUGCAAAGCUGACUUGCGAUUCUCUCCAACAAAUUGAAGUAUGGAAUUGCAACAGCAUGGAGAUCUUGGUUCCAUCUUCUUGGAUUUCCCUCGUAAACCUAGAAAAGAUUACAGUUAGAGGAUGUGAGAAAAUGGAGGAGAUAAUUUAUGGAACAAGAUCAAAUGAAGAACAGGAUAUGGGUGAAGAAAGCGGCAGCAACAACACCGAAUUCAAACUCCCGAAGUUAAGUUAUCUGGACUUGGAAGAUUUACCAACACUGAAAAGAAUUUGUACUGCAAAAAUUUCUUGCGAUUCUCUCCAAGAAAUUAUAAUAAAGAAUUGCAAAAGCAUGGAGAGCUUGGUUCCAUUGUCUUGGAUUUGCCUCGUAAACCUAGAAAGGAUUACAGUUGCAGGAUGUGAGAAAGUCGAGAUAAUAUGUGGAACAAGAUUAGAUGAAGAAAGCAGCAGCAGCAGCAACAACACAGAAUUGAAACUUCCAAAGUUAAGAUAUCUGGAAUUGAAAGAUUUACCAGAAUUGAAAAGAAUUUGUAGUGCAAAAUUGAUUUGCGAUUCUCUCCAAAAAAUUGCAGUAAGGAAUUGCAAUAGCAUGGAAAUCUUGGUUCCAUCUUCUUGGAUUUGCUUCGUAAACCUAGAAAGGAUUACAGUUGCAGGAUGUGAGAAAGUCGAGAUAAUAUGUGGAACAAGAUCAGAUGAAGAAAGCAGCAGGAGCAACACCGAAUUCAAACUCCCGAAGUUAAGAUAUCUGGAAUUGGAAGAUUUACCAGAACUGAAAAGAAUUUGUGAUGCAAAACUUAUUUGCGAUUCUCUCCAAGAAAUUAUAGUAAAGAAUUGCAAAAGCAUGGAGAGCUUGGUUCCAUCUUCUUGGAUUUCCCUCGUAAACCUAGAACAGAUUUCAGUUGCAAGAUGUAAGAAGAUGAAGGAGAUAAUAGGUGGAACAAGAUCAGAUAAAGAAAGCAGCAGCAAUAACACCGAAUUCAAGCUCCCAAAGUUAAGAUCUAUGAAAUUGAGUCGGUUACCAGAACUGAAAAGAAUUUGUAGUGCAAAACUUAUUUCCGAUUCUCUCCAACAAAUUGAAGUACGGAAUUGCAACAGCAUGGAGAGCUUGGUUCCAUCUUCUUGGAUUUCCCUCGUAAACCUAGAAAAGAUUUCAGUUGCAAGAUGUAAGAAGAUGAAGGAGAUAAUAGGUGGAACAAGAUCAGAUGAAGAAAGCAGCAGCAACAACACCGAAUUCAAACUCCCAAAGUUAAGAGAACUGAUAUUGGAAGAAUUACCAAAACUGCAAAGAAUUUGUAGUGCAAAAUUGAUUUGUGAUUCUCUCCAACAAAUUAAAGUAACGAAUUGCAAUAGCAUGAAAAUCUUGGUUCCAUCUUCUUGGAUUUGCCUCAUAAACCUAGAUGAGAUUACAGUUGUAGGAUGUGAGAAACUGGAGGAGAUAAUUGGUGGAACAAGAUCAGAUGAAGAAGGGGUUAUGGGUGAAGAUAGCUGCAGCAACACCACCGAAUUCAAGAUCCCAAAGUUAAGAUCUCUAGCAUUGAGGGGGUUACCAAAACUCAAAAGCAUUUGUAGUGCAAAACUGAUUUGCGAUUCUCUUCAACAAAUUGAAGUAAGGAAUUGCGGUAGCAUGGAAAUCUUGGUUCCAUCUUGGAUUUGUCACGUAAACGUAGAAAGGAUUACAGUUGCAACAUGUAAGAAGAUGAAGGAGAUAAUUGGUGGAACAAGAUCAGAUGAAGAAGGGGAUAUGAGUGAAGAUAGCUGCAACAACAACACCGAAUUCAAACUCCCAAAGUUAAGAUCUCUGGCAUUGAGGGGGUUACCAGAACUAAAACGCAUUUGUAGUGCAAAACUGAUUUGCGAUUCUCUCCAACAAAUUGAAGUAAGGAAUUGCGAUAGCAUGGACAUUUUGGUUCCAUCUUCUUGGAUUUGCCUCGUAAACCUAGAAAGGAUUACAGUUGAAAGAUGUAAGAAGAUGGAGGAGAUAAUUGGUGGAACAAGAUCAGAUGAAGAAGGGGUUAUGGGUGAAGAUAGCUGCAGCAACAACACCGAAUUCAAACUCCCAAAGUUAAGAUCUCUAGCAUUGAGGGGGUUACCAAAACUCAAAAGUAUUUGUAGUGUAAAACUGAUUUGCGAUUCUCUCCAACAAAUUAAAGUAUGGAAUUGCGACAGCAUGGAGAGCUUGGUUCCAUCUUCUUGGAUUUGUCACGUUAACCUAGAAAGGAUAACAGUUAUAAGAUGUGAGAAGAUGAAGGAUAUAAUAGGUGAAACAAGAUCAGAUGAAGAAAGCAGCAGCAACAACACCGAAUUCAAACUCCCGAAGUUAAGAGAAUUGGAAUUGAGUUUGUUACCAAAACUGAAAAGAAUUUGUAGUGCAAAACUGAUGUGCGAUUCUCUCCAACAAAUUGAAGUAAGGAAUUGCAAUAGCAUGGAGAUCUUGGUUCCAUCUUCUUGGAUUUGCCUCGUAAACCUAGAAAAGAUUAUAGUUGUAGGAUGUGAGAAAAUUGAGGAGAUAAUAGGUGGAACAAGAUCAGAUGAAGAAAGCAGCAGCAACAACACCGAAUUCAAACUCCCAAAGUUAAAAGAAUUGGAAUUGAGCUGGUUACCAGAAUUGGAAAGAAUUUGUAGUGCAAAACUGAUUUGCGAUUCUCUUCAAAGAAUUGAAGUAGACACAUGUGAGAAGCUGAAGAGGAUGGCAAUUUGUCUUCCAUCUCCCCCUUCUAUUAGAAAAAUGUAUAUAAGACCAAAAGAAUGGUGGGAGUCAGUAGCAGAGUGGGAGGAUCCUAACGCUAAGGAUGUCCUUCGUCCCUUUAUAGAGUUUUAUAAUUUGACAGCUGGUGAAGGAUUCCAAAGCUGCAGAAUGUUUGUUGUUAAGGCAUUUCAAGGAGAGAUGAUGCAUUUGGGGAAGCUAAGGGGAUCCACACUCUGCAUAGCUUCGGGCAUGGAGACCCCCUGGCACAAGAAGCGGUGGAUUCUCCAUUUGAUCCACAAGGAAACAAAAGAAUGGUGUGCGUCAGUAGUGCAGUGGGAGCAUCCUGAUGCUAAGGAUGUCCUUCAUGGCCUUGCAUGGUUGUGGGACAUCAUUAAGGUAGACCCCUUGCGGCUUGGACGAUGUUAUGCCCUCUGUUCUGCUCAUGGUGAAAGAGAGGCUGCUAAGUUGAUGAGUACUAUCGUUGGGGUUUUUGAGGCUUGUGAUUCACUUGUUCUCAUCAUGCAUAGGGAUGCUAAGCCUGACAACUUAUUGUUUCAUGACCCAAACUCUUGCCGCGGUGUUAAGAUUUGUAAACAUGUUCCAGAAGAAGUUCAAGAUGCAGCCCGUGCAGCAAUUGAUGGUCCUCCAGAAAAAAAACUUAAGACUGUAGCAGGCUCAAGCAAUAACGAGGUCACUAAUGCAAUUUCAGCUUCUGCGCAAGAACAAAACAAUGAAGUGAUGGCACAACAAGGAGAUGCUCUUUCCCUUGAAGCGCUCGAAGAUUGGAUAGCUAGCUUCACUGUUGAAGAGAUUGAUCGCAAAAAUGCCGGCUCUGCCUCUCAGCACCAUCCGUGUGCUCCCUGCCCUGGCGUUAGCCUAGCCAGAUCAAUUUGCAAAGCUUUUAAAUAA